AUGGUGAACGCUACCGCUUUAGUCAAAUCCUUCUUCGUCAUGCCGAAGGAGAACACUUACAUUUUGUUCCGCAUCGAAUUCCUGGUGGUAAUCACCACAUUGAUAUUCCUUGGGAUGUCCAUCCUGGACAUAUUUCGCGGCCAAUUUCACAGCGCCAUAGGCAAAGCCAUAUUGAGUAUUGUUGAUGGUGUCUCCGACUCUAUAGUGAUAUACGUCAUGGGGGUAAUGCAAGCAGCACCAUUCAAGAAUCAGUUGUUCCCCGUGUGGGCCAUCGUGCUGGUUAGCUUCCGACACAGCAGUGACUUCAUCUCUGGAUAUGGCAUUCGGGACAAAGAUGGGCGACGGUUUAACGAAUGGAGGAAUGUGAUGAAGCUUCUGGGGGUGGCAUUCUUGAACAAAACACGUGGCUCGACGUUUGCCUAUCCUCUUUGGUCACUUUGGAGCAUGCAGGUAUUGAGGAGCAAGUACAGAUUAUUUGCGCGCAACCAGGCAUUCAGGUCUUUCUGGCAUGGCAAGAGCUCCCAACUAAUUUCAGAGUACAUGCGGACUGAUACACAUUGGGAGAACUUCAAGCUUAAGGACUGGAAAGCAGAGACUAUGGAAGGACACAGAUACUUGGUCUAUGGGGAAACAAGGAGGCAUAUCAAAUUUAAGAAGCCUCGGUACGUUUUACAGAUGGAUACAAACCCACAAGAAACCCGGGCCAAGGCCAGGGCUAAGGUCAGGGCUGCUCGGGGUCUGGCCCCAGUCGAGGCAGCGGUUAGGCCUUUCACGGAGUCACUAGUCACACUGGACAGGAUAUGGCAAUGUGAUGGCGCCCUGCUACACCAGGACAGCACCCAGGGAGACAAUAUGAAGGAUUUGGCACUCGCCUUCUCCCUAUCCAGGCUGCUCCGGUGCAGGCUUGAAGACGUGUCGCUGCAUAAAGGCAGCACUACUCCCAUCACCAAAAAUCUUGUCAUGUUGAGGAUCAUACAGGAAGAGGCCAACCGAGCAUUUGGGGUUAUGGAACUGGAAAUGUCCUUCGUCAAUGACUACUUUAACACUCGCUACCCUAUAGUCUUCUGUAUGGGGUUUCCUUCGCUCCAUUUGAACACCAUUAUGUCUGUUGCAACCUUUGCAUUCACCUGCUGGCUUUCUGUGGACAUACGGCGUGUUUACAAGACCCCCAAGGAUGAAAUAUCUCAUGUGAUACGCGGUAUAAAUGUUGAUAUGAUCAUCACAUGGUUUUUCAUGUCCUUAAUGAUGUUCAAAGAGGUCUGGGAGAUGGUCUCAUAUUUCCUGUCAGACUGGACAAGAUUACUCCUUGUAUGCACAUAUGUGCGGUGGGCGAGAAGGUACAUGAGGAAUGGCUGUAUGGAGAAAUUCAUCAGUUCCUUUUUCACAUCAAAGAUUGUUGACACACGGGGCCAUGGAGUCCUUGACCAAUAUGCCUUCUUGCAGUCAUAUAAUGAGAGCCCAACAAUCUGGAACUGCGUACACAUAGUUUCUACAGGGGCAAUUCCAAAGAAAGAAGCGGGAGCACAACUUAGUGACCACAUCAAUAUUCCAGAAUGUGUUAAGCCCGCAAUCCAGGAGGCACUAUGCACCCUGGAUCUCACCCGUGCUCAUCUGCCCGGCGUCAUUCCGUCACUCUUGGCUGAAUCAAGGGAACGGUAUAGAUGGCCCUGCAUUGAGCAACCAACAUCCUCUCACGUUAUUUUGGUGUGGCAUAUUGCGACCAGCCUAUGUGAGAUCAAGUUUGCACAGGACCGUGACAUCGACUUGAGCAACCCAGGGGUUCCACUUAGAGCCUUGCUAUACUUGACAAGUUUCUGCCGCUCUGCCCAGCCAUACCUUGUGGACGAGAACAUGCUUGAUGGCAGCCUCAAGACUAGGUACAUAGUUGCAAAUAGCUUGUCACGGUAUUGUGCAUAUCUGCUGGUAGCAAAGCCUGACUUGCUGCCUGACAGCUUUCUUGUGCCCAAGUUGAUCCACCAAGAAACCGUGAAAGAUGCUCGUCAAAUUCUCAAAGGCUCUGACUCGCUAGACAAGAAGUACAAGACACUCAUUGAUGAAGCUGGGAAGAGAAACAAAGACACCAGCAAUUCAAAGGAGAUCAUGGGUGUAGUGCACCAAGGUGCAAAAUUGGCCAAAGAACUUAUUGAUAAUGAGAAUGAAGAAAGUUGUUGGGAGAUAAUGGCUGGGGUGUGGGCAGACUUGCUGGUACACAUUGCCCCCAGUUGGAAUGCGGCGGCACACAAGAAGUGCCUUGAUUCAGGAGGGGAGUUCAUAACUCACAUCUGGGCACUACUUUGCCAUUGCGGAAUCGACACGAGCAUGUUGUGGCCUGUAGAAGGUUUGCGUAAGAACGAUUCCCAUGGAGCACCUUGGAACAGCAAUGCUGAAAAUAACAUCUCUCAGACACCGCAAGAUGCACAUGCAAUGGAAAGGGAUGACAAGCAAGGAAUUCUAACUGCAGCCACGGCAGAUGGGGUGAGCUUUGUGAAUGGGAACACCCAUAUGAUCAGAGGGAUGCCGAAUCUGGGGAACACAUGCUACUUCAAUGCGGUUUUGCAGAGCCUCCUUGCACUAGGUGAGCUGCGCGUCAAGUUGUUGGAACAGAAUCCUCCUGCAGGAUGUCUUCAUUUGGAACUGAGGAAGCUCUUUGAAGAGGCAGCUGGUGGUGCCAAUGAUGCAAGUGGCACGCUAGAUACACAGAACUUAUUCUCAAUUAUGAGCUCAAUGUAUCCAGAUUUGAAUGUCCGUGAUAUGGAAGACAGCAACACUCUGCUUGUCUACUUGCUAGAUGGUUUGAGUAAUGAGGAACCUACAAUAGUGGAGUCCCUCUUCCGAGGCCAGAUUGCUGAACAUGUCUCCAGCAAAGAAUGUCAGCACACUUUGGUUACUACACAGGUCCUUCAUCUGAGUCUGGCAAUACCAUCAAAGCAACACGUAUCAGUAGAAGACUGUUUGGAUUUACAUGUCACCGGGGAGAUCAACGGUUGGUACUGUGAAACAUGUUCUGCUGCUUAUGGAAAUGCUUCAUCGAACCAAGAAGAUGCUGUAGUUGAUGAAGACCAAACUCAACAGUCAGAUAGUGCAACAUACCAGAUCAGGGAGCAUUCCAGCCAUCCAGCUGAGCAACAAACAAGUGCAGCUAAUCAGGACAAAGGAAAGCUACCAAUGCUGAAUGAUGAUGCACAUGCAAUGGAACUGGAGCAAAACCAAAAGAAACAUAAAGAGGAAAAUAAGAUAUACAGAGCUGCAAAAGUACACUUCCUCAUUACGAAGGCGCCACCUUUAUUAACCAUUCAGCUCAAGAGGUUUGACUAUGUUACCCCUGGUAGGUCAGACAAGUUGGAUGAACAUGUGAGAUUUCACGAGAUUCUUGAUAUAACGAAGUUCAUGGACCCCAGAUGUGCAGCAGAUGACGUUUACAAAUAUUGGCUUGUUGCUGUCAUUGUUCAUAAAGGGUCAAAAUUGUCUGAAGGACACAACUAUUCUUAUGUGAGAGCAAGCAGCAUUGAGCAAGAGAACGGUAUCACACACUCAUGGUUUUGUGCAAGCGACCAGAAUGUCGUGAAAGUCUCUCUAGAAGAAGUACUCAAUUGUCAGGCCUACAUUCUUUUCUAUACAAGGGUUGAACAGUCGAAGGCCGAGUCAUACUGCUUGGCCACUUCACCAACGACAACGGAAGAUGACUACUUCGACUACGUCAAGUCCAAGUCUAGUGCUAAUGUGGCGCAAAAGAACUUCCAUAAGUUCAAGGGAAAGAACAUGGUCAUUCAAACUAUCAACUUCAAGAAGAAGAAGAAGAAGAAGAAGCAAAGCAAAGACAAUGAUUUUUGCUAUGCGUGUGGUGAAUCUGGCCAUUGGACUGUCAACCGCAAAUUUCACAAGGGUCAGCAAGGACAUAACUGA